AUGUCUGAAGUAGCUGAUAAAGUCGAAAAGUUAUCUGUUAAGGAUAACAAAGGACAAAACAAUAAGAAGGACAAAAAGCGAUCUCAACAAUCGAGCUCACCAUUGUACUUGGAGCCCCAACCAGCAUUUCUCGAAGAGAGAAUUAAAUUGUUUGACGAAUUAAAGGCUAAAUACGAUGCAGAAAUUGCAGCCAAGGAAAAGAAGCCUAUCCAGAUUACUUUGAAGGAUGGAAGCGUCAAGGAAGGAACUUCCUAUGAGACUUCACCAAUGGAUAUUGCCAACUCUAUUGGUAAAUCUUUUGCCGAAAGACAAGUCAUUUCAAAAGUCAAUGGGAAACUUUGGGAUAUGCCACGUCCUUUAGAAGGUGAUGCCACUUUGGAAUUUUUAGAUUUUGAGCAUCCUGAAGGUAAAGCAGUUUUCUGGCACUCGUCGGCACACAUUUUGGGUGAAGCCUGUGAGUGUCAUUAUGGAUGUCACUUGUCUCAUGGUCCCCCAACUGAUGAUGGGUUCUUUUACGACAUGUCAAUCAAUGAUGGAACCACAUUCGUUAACCAGGCUGAUUUCGGUAGUUUGGAAACAAUUGCCACCAAAGCUAUUAAAGAGAAGCAAAAAUUUGACAGAUUGGAAAUGACCAAGGAGGAUUUGUUGAAAAUGUUUCAUUACAACAAGUAUAAAGUUCAAUUUAUCAAGGACAAGAUUCCAGAUGGCACAUCAACAACUGUAUACAGAUGCGGCCCAUUGAUUGAUUUAUGUGUUGGUCCUCAUAUCCCCCAUUCAGGAAGAAUUAAGGCAAUGAAGGUGUUGAAGAAUUCCAGUUCAUAUUUCCUCGGUGAUGCUAAGAAUGACUCAUUGCAAAGAGUCUAUGGUAUUUCAUUCCCUGACAAGAAGUUGAUGACUGAACAUUUACAAUUUUUGAAAGAGGCUGCUGAAAGAGACCAUAGAAAGAUUGGUCGUGACCAAGAGUUGUUUUUUUUUAAUGAUGUAUCGCCAGGUUCGGCAAUGUGGUUACCUCAUGGUACCAGAAUUUACAACACCUUGGUGGACACAUUAAGAAUUGAAUACAGAAAGAGAGGAUAUGAAGAAGUUAUCACUCCAAACAUGUAUGCUACCAAAUUAUGGGAAACGUCUGGUCAUUGGCAAAACUAUAAAGAAAAUAUGUUUUCAUUUGAAGUUGAGAAAGAAACUUUUGGGUUGAAACCAAUGAACUGUUUGAGUGAAGAUAUGAGAAUCCAAACUGACAAGGGUUUCUUGUUUCUCAAUGAAAUUGAAUCCAAUUGGAAGGAUGUAAAUUUUGCAACAUAUGACCCAGAAUCUAAACAAAUCCAAUACUCCAAAGCCUCAAAUUUUAUUGUCAAAGAUUCAGCCAACCACAAGAUGGUGGAAUUUGCAAACUACGAUAUUGCUUCAAGUGGAGACAAGAGUGGAGUAUCCUUGUUAGUUACUGAAGACCACGACAUGUAUGUUCAACAAAAUGCAGAAUCUCGUGAAGCCCCAUUCAAGAAGGUUCCAGCUCGUGAAUUGUUGCAAAAAGAUUCAAAAUAUGGAUUUCUUGUUGCUGCUGAAGAAUCUGCUUCUUCAGCGCAUGCCUUUGUCAAUACUACCUUGAACUCAACCACCGAAAUUAGAGCUGUUGGCGACUACCAGGGAAGAGUUUGGUGUGUCACUGUUCCAACUGGAUUGAUUGUCGCCCAUAGAGUACACCGUGAUACUAGUGGGAACGUUGUUUGUGCAUCAAAACCAGUUGUUAUUGGAAACUGUCCCGGCCAUUGUAUACUUUUCAAAUCAAGAGAACGUUCAUACCGUGAAUUGCCAUGGCGUGUUGCUGAUUUUGGUGUUCUCCACAGAAAUGAAUUUUCCGGUGCGUUAUCUGGAUUAACAAGAGUUCGUCGUUUCCAACAAGAUGACGCUCAUAUUUUCUGCACACCUGAUCAAAUUGGUACCGAAAUUGCAGGAGUUUUUGACUUGUUGAAAAAGAUGUAUGGUAUUUUCGGUUUCGAAUUCAAGAUGGAAUUGUCAACCAGGCCUGAAAAGUUUGUUGGUGAUAUUGAAACUUGGAAUUCUGCUGAGAAGAAGUUGGAAGGUGCUUUGAAUGACUUUUUGGGUGAAGGUAAAUGGGAGUUGAAUCCUGGUGAUGGUGCUUUUUAUGGUCCAAAGAUCGAUAUUAUGAUAAGUGAUGCCUUGAAGAGAUGGUUUCAAUGUGCAACAAUUCAACUUGAUUUCCAAUUGCCUUCCAGAUUUGAGUUGGAGUACAGAUCUGAAAGCAAUAGUGCUACUGAACGUCCAGUCAUGAUUCAUAGAGCCAUUUUGGGCUCAGUCGAAAGAAUGACUGCUAUUUUGACCGAGCAUUACAAAGGUAAAUGGCCAUUCUGGUUGUCACCAAGACAAAUUCUUAUUGUUCCAGUCAGUCCAAAAUACUAUGAUUACGCUGAAAAAUUAAAGAAGUUGUUUAACGAUGAAUACUUUUUCUACUGUGAUGUUGACGUUAGUGGUAACACAUUACCAAAGAAGGUUAGAUCUGGACAAUUGAUGCAAUACAAUUUCAUCUUCAUUGUUGGUGCCGAAGAAGAGGAGAACUACAGCGUAAACAUUAGAAACAGAGAUAUCACUGAAGAGCAAGGUAAGAAUCCAAUGGUUUCUGUUGAUUCUGUUAUUCAACUGUUGGUUAAGCUUAGAGAAGAAAAAAGAUCAGACAACAAAUUAUAG